CUCGAAAAAGUGGUAAAACGUAAAACAGAACUCGAUUAAAACAAAAUUUUACUCAUCAUCCACCAGGUAAAAAAAUAAUUAACCCUUCCCCCCCGAAAAUUAACCCACUCCGAUCAACAGCCCGGCCAAACAGAAGGUCCAAGUUCUCGAACGCGCGGAAAAAAAGAAGAAGAAGGAAAAGCGCACACGCGCCGGUGAGCCGGAGUCAAACCAAAAAUCGGCGAGAAAAUGUCGUGGCAGACUUACGUCGACGAGCACCUGAUGUGCGAGAUCGAAGGCCAGCAGGGCCAGCACCUCGCCUCCGCCGCCAUCGUCGGCCACGACGGCAGCGUCUGGGCCCAGAGCUCCGCCUUCCCUCAGUUCAAGGGAUCGGAGGUGAGCGACAUCAUGAAGGACUUCGACGAGCCGGGGCACCUGGCCCCGACGGGGCUCCACAUCGCCGGGAACAAGUACAUGGUCAUCCAGGGGGAGCCCGGCGCGGUGAUCCGCGGCAAGAAGGGCGCCGGCGGGAUCACAAUCAAGAAGACCGGACAGGCCCUGGUGGUCGGGAUCUACGAGGAGCCGGUGACUCCGGGGCAGUGCAACAUGGUGGUCGAGAGGCUCGGCGAUUACCUCGUCGAUCAGGGUCUCUAGAUCCAGCGGAUUUCCCCCCCUCUUCCGGCCAAACCCCAUCACCCGCCAUAUUUGACCUAUGAAUUUCAAUUUCCUCUUUUUCUUAGUACUCCUUCAUAAUAUAAUUUCUGAGCGGCACGACGAAAGUGCUGGCUGUUUCUCGUUACAUUUUUCUUCUGUUUUCAAUCUUUUUUUUUUUCCUUUCUGGGUUAUUGGUUACAAGUUUGCAUUUUCUGCCUGUAACCAUUUGUAAGAACGAAAGUAGUCCAGGUCGACUAUGUCGAUCUGGAUGAUUGAAAGUUUUGGGAUGUUUUUUCCUUUUUGAUUUUCUGAUCUCCGUUGUUUCUUUGUUUAUUUGAUCCUCUGUUUUCUACUUUUCUUUGUCUAUUGAUAUCAAAACAACCACACAUGAUGAUCCUGACUAACCUUCGAUCAAAUCUAUUUGUUGGUGAUGAGAUAGUUGAAGUCCAUCGAUUUAUAACAUACAAAUUUAAUCCGACUCUAUUGAUAUGGUCUGGCGAAUUUAUUAUGUGGAGACGUUAAGCGAUUUGAGUAGCAUGAUGAGGAGGGAUCUGAAUAUGAUUUUCAUCUUGUUUCAGACUCUGGAUUUUUCUAUCAUAGUUUCAUC